UUGAGCUGAAAGCUCAACUCUUGGAUCUCUGCAGUCUUGAUGAAACAGAUUUGAGUUGAAAUGUCGUCUUCCAGGCCUAGCCAGUCUUCUAGCAAUUCAGCAAAAUCAAAACGCAGUGCUAGGAUCAUAGAACAGACAACCAUAGAUGCUAAGCUCCAUGCUGAGUUUGAGGAAUCAGGUGAUUUCUUUGAUUACUCGAGCUCAAUCCGAGCCACAGGCAUGAAAACCGAAAAGCAGAAACCAAGGUCUGACAAAGUAACCACAGCCUAUCUCCAUCAAAUCCAAAAAGCCAAAUUCAUCCAGCCAUUCGGCUGUUUGUUAGCUCUGGAUGAAAAAACAUUUAAAGUCAUAGCAUUCAGUGGAAAUGCUCCUGACAUGCUAACAAUGGUCAACCACACUGUUCCGAGCGUUGGGGACCAUUCGGUUCUCGGUAUCGGAACUGAUUUCAGAACCGUUUUUACUGGUCCGAGUGGAACUGCAUUGCAGAAGGCCUUGGGAUUUGGAGAGGUUGGUCUGUUGAAUCCCAUCUUAGUCCACUGCAAAACUUCCGGUAAGCCAUUUUAUGCAAUUAUCCAUAGGGUGACCGGUGGUCUGAUAGUUGACUUUGAGCCGGUGAAACGUUAUGAAGCACCAAUGACUGCUGCAGGAGCUCUGCAAUCAUACAAGCUUGCCGCAAAAGCCAUUGCGCGGUUGCAGUCCUUGCCAAAUGGCAGCAUGGCAAGACUGUGUGACACUAUGGUCCAAGAAGUGUUUGAGCUAACAGGGUAUGAUAGGGUGAUGGCUUAUAAGUUUCAUGAUGACGAUCACGGGGAGGUUGUUUCCGAGAUAGCCAAACCUGGGCUUGACCCUUAUUUGGGUCUGCAUUAUCCAGCAACCGAUAUCCCUCAAGCUGCACGGUUUCUUUUCAUGAAGAAUAAGGUCCGUAUGAUAUGUGAUUCCCAAGCAAAACUUGUGAGGGUGGUUCAAGAUGAGAAGCUAUCAUCUGAUUUAACACUGUGUGGGUCCACGCUUCGGGCACCCCACGCUUGCCAUUUACAGUACAUGGAGAACAUGAGCUGCAUAGCAUCUCUGGUAAUGGCAGUAGUGGUAAAUGAGGGUGACGAAGAAGGUGAGGAGGGGCAAAAGAGGAAAAGGCUAUGGGGGUUGGUGGUGUGUCAUAACACAACUCCGAGGUUUAUCCCUUUUCCACUUCGGUAUGCAUGCGAGUUUCUUUCCCAGGUGUUUUCCAUUCAUGUAAACAAGGAAAUAGAGUUGGAAAUGCAAAUUGUAGAGAAGAGCAUUUUACGCACCCAAACGCUCCUUUGUGACAUGAUGCUUAGGGACGCGGCAUUAGGGAUUGUGUCUCAGAGUCCCAAUAUGAUGGAUCUUGUGAAGUGUGACGGUGCUGUUCUGCUGUAUAAGAGUAAGAUACACAGAUUGGGAGUCACUCCUACUGAUUUCCAGUUAAACGAUAUUCUCUCUUGGCUUUCAGAGUACCAUAUGGACUCCACCGGCCUUAGCACGGAUAGCCUCUAUGAAGCCGGUUUCCCAGGGGCAGUUUAUCUUAGUGAUGCAAUAUGUGGGAUGGCUUCUGUCAGAUUAUCUGAAAAAGAUUGGCUUUUCUGGUUCCGGUCCCAAAAAGUGUGUGAAAUUUUCUGGGGCGGUGCAAAACAUGAACCGGGCGAGAAAGAUGGUGGGAAGAAAAUGCAUCCGAGAUCAUCAUUUAAAGCAUUUCUUGAAGUUGUUAAAAUGAGGAGUUUGCCUUGGAAGGACUAUGAGAUGGACGGCAUUCAUUCUUUGCAGCUAAUAAUGAGAAACGCUUUCUUCAAGGAGGAGGUGGAGGGUACGGAUGGGAAUGGGAUCCACACAAGACUUAGUGACCUGAUGAUUGAGGGGAUGGGGGAACUUGAAGCUUUGACGGAUGAGAUGGUUCGUCUCAUUGAGACGGCCACCGUGCCAAUCUUGGCUGUUGGCGUAGAUGGCCUGGUGAAUGGGUGGAACAAGAAAAUUGCCGAGUUGACCGGCUUAACGGUUGAUGGAGUGAUUGGGAAGGACUUGCUGACACUCGUGGAAGACUCUUCAGCUCAUGCAGUUGAAAAGAUGUUGAGUUUGGCAUUAGAGGGGAGAGAACAAAAUAACGUGCAAUUCGAGAUAAAAGCAUAUGGGAAAAUGUCAGAAUAUGGUCCGAUCAGCUUAAUUGUGAACACUUGUACUAGCAGGGAUGCUCAAGAAAAUGUGGUCGGUGUCUGUUUAAUAGCACAGGACAUAACCGGACAAAAGACAGUUAUGGACAAGUUCACACGGAUGGAAGGAGAUUACAAGUCCAUUAUCCAAAACCCUAACCCUUUGAUUCCGCCUAUAUUUGGAACAGAUGAAUUUGGUUGGUGUUCCGAGUGGAAUUCAGCAAUGACUAAGUUAUCUGGAUGGCGUCGUGAUGAGGUCAUCGACAAGAUGGUUUUGGGUGAGAUUUUCGGGACCCAGAAAGCCUUUUGUCUUCUCAAAAAUGAAGAGGCUUCUGUGAGACUGGGUGUUGUUCUGAACAAUGCUAUGACCGGUCACGAGUCCGAGAAGACCGUGUUUGGUUUCUUUAAGCGAAAUGGGAACUAUGUGGAGUGCUUGCUUUCCGUGAGCAAAAGAUUAGACGGAGAGGAUUCAGUCAAGGGGCUGUUUUGUUUUCUUCAGUUAGUGAGCCAUGAAUUGCAACAAGCCCUUCAUCUUCAAAAACUGUCCGAACAAGCUGCAGCGAAGAGGUUGCGAGUUUUAGCCUACUUAAGAAAGCAGGUCAAAAACCCUCUUUCUGGAAUUAUGUUCUCCCAAAAUAUGCUGGAGGGGACCGCUGAUUUGGGAAAAGACCAGAGGAACAUAUUGCAUAGCAGUGAUCAGUGUCUGCAACAGCUCAGUAGAGUUCUUGAUGACACGGAUCUUGACGGCAUCAUCGAGGGGUAUCUGGAUCUAGAGAUGGUUGAAUUUAAGGUAGAUGAAGUAUUACUUGCUUCAAUGAGUCAAGUGAUGACAAAGGUCAAUGGAAAGAGUUUAAGGAUAAUUAGUAACGUAGCUGAAACUAAUCUUGGUCAAACAUUAUAUGGAGAUAGUCUGAGGCUUCAACAAGUCCUUGCUGAAUUUUUGUCAGUAGCUGCAAAUUUCACCCCAACUGGAGGCCAUCUUGCACUCGCAUAUACUUUAACAAAAGAUUGUUUGGGAGAAUCAGUCCAGCUUGCUCAUCUGGAAUUCAGAAUAACACACACAGGGGGUGGGGUGCCCGAAGAGCUGCUAACCCAAAUGUUUGGUAGUGAGGUAGACACAUCGGAGGAGGGAAUAAGCCUUCUUGUAAGUAGAAAGCUGGUAAAACUUAUGAAUGGGGAUGUUCAGUACCUCAGGGAGGCAGGGCGUUCCACUUUUAUCAUAUCCGUCCAACUCGCAGUUGCUAUUCAACCCCGACCAUGAGAAACAAGCAGAUUGGUGUUUGAUAAUGGAACAGGCUUCUGCUUCACUUUUGUAUAUUUACUUCUUUUUUCUACUGUGUCGCUCAAUGGGUUUUUAAUGAACCAUUAGCAACUUUUGUAAUAUAUUUCACUAAUACAAAUUUUGCUAAAAAGCAUCACUGUCUCACCAUGAGAGGUCUCACAGAAGUUUACAUCCUUGGGUUUAUUUCUGAUGAAGUACCUGUAGGGAUGGAUCGGUGAGUUUUUUCCCGGAAUAAUGCUAAUUAAAUAAAUAAUUCC